GCCGGCACCCGCGGGACUGAACCACCUCGUUUCGACCAUCUCUGGGUGGAGCGUCGUGGAAGAGCGAGGCGGGCGCAGAAGCGGGGUACCCGCGAGCCCCUGAGACCCGUCCCCUCCGCGCGGGGGGGGGGCACCGAGCUGCGCCUCGCCGGGAUCCCGGGGGCAGAGCUGGGCGUGCUGCCCAGCGCGCCGCAGCUUCCAAGCCCCUCAGCCCGCGGUUAGGACCGUGGCGAGAUGUCUGCGCGGCUCUACCUCCUGAGGCGCAGCCUGCUGCUGUUGCUGCUUCUGUGGGGCGGCCAGGACGCCCAGCUUGCGGGACGCGUGGGCCAGGAGCUGCGCAGGGAGGCGGAGGCAUUCCUGGAGAAGUACGGAUAUCUCAGUGCACGGGUCCCCAAAGCCCCCACCUCCUCGCAAUUCAGCAAUGCCAUCAGGGAGUUCCAGUGGGUGUCCCAGCUGCCUGUCAGUGGCAUACUGGAUCCUGCCACUCUGUACCAGAUGACACAGCCCCGAUGCGGGGUUGCAGAUACUGACACUCAGGUGGCCUGGACUGAGAGGAUCAGUGCCCUAUUUAUUGGUCGCAGGGCCAAAACAAGGCGCAAGAGACGCUUUGCAAAGCAAGGCAGCAAGUGGCCCAAGCAGCACCUCUCCUACCGCCUUGUGAACUGGCCCCAGCACUUACCGGAGCCUGCAGUCCGGGGGGCCGUGCGUGCUGCCUUCCAGCUGUGGAGUAACGUCUCAGCACUCCAGUUCUGGGAGGCCCCAGCCUCAGGCCCUGCGGACAUCCGACUUACCUUCUUCCAAGGGGACCACAACGACGGGCUGAGGAACGCCUUUGAUGGGCCAGGGGGCGCCCUGGCGCACGCCUUCCUGCCCCGCCGAGGGGAAGCGCACUUCGACCGGGACGAGCGCUGGUCCCUGAACCGCCGCCGCGGGCGCAACCUGUUCGUGGUGCUGGCGCACGAGAUCGGCCACACGCUCGGCCUGACCCACUCGCCCGCGCCGCGCGCGCUCAUGGCGCCCUACUACAAGAGGCUGGGCCGCGACGCGCUGCUCAGCUGGGACGACGUGCUGGCCGUGCAGAGCCUGUAUGGUAAGCCUGAAGGGGGGUCCGUGGCCGUCCAGCUCCCUGGAAAGCUAUUCACUGACUUUGAGGCCUGGGAUCCCCGCAUCCCUAGGGGCAGGCGCCCUGAAACUGGUGGCCCUAAGUAUUGCCACUCUUCUUUCGAUGCUAUCACUGUAGACGGACAACAGCGAGUGUACAUUUUUAAGGGGAAUCAGUUCUGGCAGGUGGCAGCUGAUGGCAACGUGUCAGAGCCCCAUCCACUACAGGAAAGGUGGGCUGGGCUGCCCCCCCACAUCGAGGCUGCUGCUGUGUCGCUGGAGGAUGGAGACUUCUACUUCUUCAAAGGGAGCCGAUGCUGGAGAUUCCGGGGCCCCAAAUCAGUGUGGGUCCCCCCACAACUGUGCCGGGCAGGCGGCCUGCCCCGCCACCCAGAUGCCGCCCUCUUCUUCCCUCCUCUGCGCCGCCUCGUCCUCUUCAAGGGUGCCCGAUACUAUGUGCUGACCAGAGAGGGAUUGCAGGUGGAACCCUACUACCCCCGAGGCCUGCGGGACUGGGGCGGAGUCCCCGAAGAGGUCAGCGGUGCCCUGCCUCGGCCCGACGGCUCUGUCAUUUUCUUCAGAGAUGACCAGUAUUGGCACCUGGACCAGGCCAAACUGCAGGCCACAGCCUCUGGCCGCUGGGCCACAGAGCUGCCCUGGAUGGGCUGCUGGCAUGCUAACUCAGGGGGCGCCCUCUUCUGAAGGUACCCUCACCUCUUAGUGAACUGUUGAUGCCUUUGUGGCCCACUUGGGUGCCCUGCUCCAGAGGCAGAACUGCUGAGCCUCCCUGCAGAAGACCCAGCUUUGCCAGGAGAAGGAGGCAUCAUUGUGCUGUGCCCACUACACAGAGGUGGUACUGGCAUCGAUCCAAGGAGAAGCAAAACUGAGCCCUCCAAUCCUUUCCCCAAGGACCUGUUACCUCCCCAAGUCUUGGGGAUUUAGCUUUUUCCACUAAAGUGGCAACUUCGCUUCAAGACAUGGAGCCCUGGGAGUAUGCAAAACUUGAGAAGAGGUUGGGGCCACUUUGCAAGACUGUUCUCCUCCCCUGGAACCUCCUGGCUCAGCCCCAGAGAACUGUAAUACUGACCAAAGAAACUACCCCCAGGAAGCUUGAAUGGGUUAGGUACAAGGGUCUCCCCUGGGGGGACGGGGAGUUAAGAGCCAGAGCUGGAGAGGGCUGCUGCAGGCCUGCAGGUCCCUGGCUUUUUGUGAGGGGUUGAAACAAAAAGGUGCCCCCAGCUGGUAGGACUGGAAAUGGGAAUUAGCCUUCUUUGGAAUGUUUUUCAGUGAGAGCUGCUGGUGGACAUGGAUCUGAAGAGGCUGAAAUCAUGUUCUGU